GGGAGGCACGGAGCCCGCCCCUGGGCGCGGCCUGCAGGGGGCAAGCGACCGCCCAGGAAAGCGGGGGCGGGACAAGGACCCAGCAGGUGCGCUCGGCAGCCGCCUGCAGUUGUUGGGAGCCCUCCUCGCACCUCCUCCCGGUGCGCCCUCCUCGGCUUGCGAACCCCGCGCUGCGCUCCGCCGCUGACAUGUGUGCCGCCCCGAUGCCGCCCCUGGCGCACAUCUUCCGAGGGACGUUCAUCCACUCCACCUGGACUAACCCCAUGGAGGUGCUGCGGGAUCACCUCCUCGGCGUGAGCGACAGCGGCAAAAUAGUGUUCUUAGAAGAAGCAUCUCAGCAGGAAAAGCUGGCCAAAGAAUGGUGCUUCCGGCCGUGCGAAGUAAGAGAACUGAGCAGCUAUGAGUUCUUCAUGCCCGGGCUGGUUGAUACACACAUCCACGCCGCUCAGUAUUCUUUUGCGGGGAGUAAUGUAGACCUGCCGCUUUUGGACUGGCUGACCAAGUACACGUUUCCUGUAGAACACAAAUUCCAAAACCUUGAUUUCGCUGAAGAAGUAUAUACCAAAGUUGUCAGGAGAACACUAAAGAAUGGAACCACCACAGCCUGCUACUUUGGAACGAUUCACACGGACGCAUCUCUGCUCCUCGCAGAAAUUACAGAUAAAUUUGGGCAGCGGGCAUUUGUGGGCAAAGUCUGCAUGGAUAUGAACGAUACUGUUCCUGAAUACAAGGAGACCACUGAGGGAUCAAUGGAGGAAACAGAGAGAUUUGUGUCAAGAAUGCUCCAAAAGAACUAUUCUAGAGUGAAGCCCAUAGUGUCACCACGUUUUUCCCUUUCCUGCUCUGAGACUUUGUUGGGUAAACUGGGAAACCUCGCGAAGACCCAUAAUUUGCACAUUCAGAGCCAUGUAAGUGAAAACCUCAGUGAAGUCGCAGCUGUGAAGAACUUAUUUCCCGAUUAUAAAAACUACGCAGAUGUGUAUGAUAGAAACAAUCUUCUGACAGAUAAGACAGUGAUGGCGCAUGGCUGCUACCUUUCUGCAGAAGAACUACAGGUAUUCCAGGAGCGGGGAGUGGCGCUCUCACAUUGCCCCAAUUCUAACUUAUCGAUCAGCAGCGGCUUUCUCAAUGUCCUUGAAGUCAUGAAACACAAAGUGAAAAUAGGACUGGGUACAGAUGUGGCCGGUGGCUAUUCAGCUUCCAUGCUUGAUGCAAUCCGAAAAGCAGUGAUGGUUUCCAAUAUACUUUUAAUUAAUAAGAUAAAUGAGAAAAACCUCACCCUCAAAGAGGCCUUCAGACUCGCUACUCUUGGCGGCAGUCAAGCCCUGGGGCUGGAUAAAGAGAUUGGAAACUUUGAAGUGGGCAAGGAAUUUGAUGCCCUCCUGAUCAACCCCAAAGCGUCUGACUCUCCCAUUGACUUGUUUUCUGGGGAUUUUGUUGGUGAUUCCUUUGAAGCUAUUAUCCAGAAGUUCCUCUAUGUAGGAGAUGACCGAAAUAUUGAGGAAGUUUACGUGGGCGGAAAGCAGGUGGUUCCCUUUUCAAGCUCAGUGUAAGACCCUUGGCAUCGACCAGCUCUGGGAUCACACAGCUCUGCGUCUCUCUUGUGCCCGGGCAGAGUUAGGAAGUCAAAAAAUAGUAUCUUGUUCUUGGGAUGACUAUCUCUUUCUGUGUCUAGUUACAGUAUUCACUUGACAAAUCAUUUGAAGGAAGUUGUGCUAAUUCUCAACUCUCUGGUUGGGAGGAUUCAAAAAUUCUCCCUUUUGAGCUGUUCAGAUUUACUUUAAGCUCAGACAUAAGGGAAUGUUUUUCCUGAUGGUGUUCUUAUUAUGAGAUUUAAGUAAAAUUAUUUCAUAUUUGGAAAUGUAGAGAGAAAAGAUAUUCCGAUGAGGUUAGAUAUUUCGAGCUAAUAAAUAUGAAAAUCAGACAUGGAGAAUGAGCCAGUGAAUAUAUUUUUAAGAGGGAGAAAAAGUUAGACUAUGAGCAAACAUUGGAAAACCAAUUCAGAUUAUGUGUGAAAAUUGAAUGCUGAGCAUAUUAAUUUCAGAAGAGAACUCAUUGAAUUUUAAAAUGUGUUCUAGAUUGACCUUGUGUUCUGAAAACUUGCACUUAAUGGAAUUUGCAUUUCGGAGAUGUUAUUGUUGUGAUUUGCCUUUUUUGGGCAUGAAAUGUCAGAAAUUGAAUGCCACAUGCUUUCUUAAUACAGUUCUGUGCUUCAAAGUGUUCGACAGAGGUUGGGUGUUAAAGAUUUAAAGUCUCUUAGGAAUAUUAUUCAUAUAACUUACAUGGCAUAAAUAGUGGUAUUUUUCUGUACUUCAAAAUCACCGUAAUGUAAAACUAUGUGAUGCUAUUAUUGCUUCUGUGUUGUUAGGAGAGAAACAAAUUCCACACUCCACGCUGUUGUGUAGACUGGUCUUCAUAAACUGGAGUAGGUGCGGGGCUGCAGUAUCUGUCAUUCCUUAAAGGAAGUGUUCCGUUGCAAUGAUGUAGUUUCUCCAAGACUUAGGCCACAGGUGCUGGAAAUUUUCAAACUCAGAUAUCAGCCUGUUAGAACUUGAAAAUGAAGGACAAAUUCAAUUAAAAGUAUUGUUAAAAAUCUUUAAAUCCUGCUUAUCAAAAGUACUCUGUUUUUCAAUACUAUCCUAUUACCUUUUUAAUUCAGAGAACUUUCAGGACAUAAGAAUUUUAAGAUCAUGAAAACUGUGUAGAUGUCCCACCUGAUGUUUUUAUUAAUAGGACUUAAUCUGGACUAGACAUCGAGGAACAUGAAACAAAGCAAAGAGUAUUGUUAUGCCUCCCAGCUCUUACAGGGUGCUUUUCCAUAACCUACAAUUAGAAACAAAUUGACUUUAUGAUAAACCCUUGAGAAGCAUGGAUGUGAAUGUCAUGUAAAUACUAUGUUUUUCUUAUUUAAUUACAAAUACUGUAAGCCAAUGUGGAAAAAGGAUAGGUUUUCUUAAUAUAACACUCAUGCCUAGGCCUUAAGUGUGACACUUUAUUAUUUACCUUAGAGAAAGAACUUUACGUAACAUAGUAUAGCUAACUUCAUAUUUAUAGAACUAAGAACAAAAUCCCCCCUCUUGUACUAUAAUUUAUUCUCACAAAGUUAUGCUAAGUCAGCAUAGUGUCUACUUUUUAAUUUUGUUUUUGUUUUCAUGGUGGAAACACUUUUAGAUUUGAUUGUAUAUAUACAACACCGACUGAUUUUUUUUUUAAGAAUUUUUUUUAUUUGAGUACAGGUGACACACUUAUUCAAACAACAGCAACAGAGUUUGUGUUGUGGACUAUAAAGUAACUCAGUAAAUUCAGAGGCUGGUGUCAAUCUCUGUAUUUCCAGAAUUCCUAAUACCUGAGCAAUGUCAAAAAGGCGCCCCCCCCCCGAUUUUCUCCCCAUUUCUCUGCAGUGCUGAUUGUUUCCUGCUCUGUCUCCCAGUCCCUGGCAAAGGAACACGGUUACCUGGUGUGUAACCCACAGGAGCAGGCUUAAGAAUUUGGAUAAGAUAUGCAAGAUCCACUAAUAGGCAGCAGUUAUCCCCAGCCUUUGCAAGAGCCCACACUUCCUUGAGGAUGUACAUUUUGAUGUAACUUGAUGUUGACUGUCAAUUUUCAUCUAAACUAAGGAUUCAUACACAGUGUACAUAAGUCAGUGCAGCAUCAGCCACAAGUAGAAUGGCUCUCUACAACCGACUCAUCGAACAUUACAUUUAGCCCUCAUAGGAUGUGAAGACCCUAAUAUCUUUCCCAGUAAAAAUAGAAUGUGUUGAAAUGUUUACAUGUAGUUUGAUCUCCCUGUACCGCUUAACAACUUACGUGUUUUGUUUCUCCAAGCGCGGUGUCCCUAAACGGUGCAUAUGCUUUUUGCAGUGCCACAGGCAUUGGCCGUACAUGUGGCCAGAUGAUUUGCACUUUGAAAUGUUGGCUUUGCCUAAUGUGGCUUGACUUUCCGAAUUGUGGGCAGGCAGUAUUUCAAGCCAACACGAUUUGUCACUUUGUUUGAAUAUUUCACUCUCUGACAGGAAAGAAAGACUUGACUUCUUACCCGCCUCCUCACCUCACCCUGCACUAUUUGCCUCAGGCUGUGUGAUAUUUUGAAUGGAAUACACAUUAACAGGUAAACACAAUUCAGUAGUGUUGACUGACACACAUUUCAAAGGUAUUUUUUACAACUGAACACAAAAGCAGGCUGGUCAGUGAAGGUGCAUUGAGUUUCCAAAAGAGAAUGAAACAUGGAAUUAAGACCUGAGAGGUUGUCCUCAUAAUCAUAACCUGAGACUGAGACCCUGCCCCCUUCAUAAGCCCCUUCUCUGAUUUAAUUGUCGAAGGUUCUAGAAUCCAAGAGAGUAUCUUGAACUAGCUCCCUUCAUGCCAGGAGACCUAAGUCAUCAUUGUGAGAAUUGAGCCCCACCGAAUCUCUUUUUCACUUCCUGAGAAUUCUCCUGGUGGAGAGAGGAAGAGCGGUUGGAAACACUCCUGUUAGGCUCAGCUGAUUUUGAACUGUGCCCUUGAAAUCCCUGUUGGCAACGAGAGCUGAGAUGUCGGAGAGGAAACAUCAUGAUGUGAGAUCCAGCGAUGUAUUUUGAAUCUUCACUCCCUUCCAGACUCUUCCUAUUUUUAAUCUUUUCACCUCAGAACUAGACAUAUGGAAGGCUUUCCAGGCAAGCUGGAAGGCACGUUGUAUUAUUUCUACCUUGUGCUCUACCUAAAAGAUCUCUGGAAGGGGAGACGACAUCUACUGGACAUCUGUUCACUGUUGUCCAUUUUGUUAAGUCGGUGAUUCUGCUGGACACAUUCACACGUCUGAUAGGAGCAGUCUGAGUUUUUAAAAGUUAGACUAAGAGACGUGUCGUGGCAACAUCUUGAAAUAAUUUUCAAGUUACAUGGAUUGCUAAGAGUCUUAGAAGAGAUAUUUGCAAUGUCAGGUCCACCUAACCCCUUUAGGCAUGAUUUUGGACCCUGACCCUUUUCAGUGUCUCUAAAGGAAAAGGAGCGCAAAGAUGAAGGGACAUUGUUGGAAAACCCUAACAUCGGUCCCCAAGCAUGUUUUCACGCCCAGCCUUUCCCUUCAACAGCCCCAAGGGGGAGAGAUGGAGACCUGACGGGUUGGUUUGGAAAUUGGGUCCAAAUUUACUGAAAUGCAAAAGUUGAACAGGCCAGUGAUGGAACUCAGUGUAAAUUCCAAGAUGGCUUUCAGAGUCCAUGGCGUUCAGGUGACUUGAGUCAGAGAUGUUACAUGGCAUUGACUUUCCUGUCCCUUUCCUACUCAAGAGCCUGUCAGAAAGCAUUCUGGAUCGAAGAUCGCCUUCCAUUGUUAAACUCCUGAUUGCUGCUCUUAAGAAUAUAUAUGUGUGUGUUCAUGGGGACAGUUUUACUCAAUAUUUGUGUGAUUUGCUUACUGUUAAUGUGCUGAGUGAACUCCUUUGUGCUUCAGACAAAAAUAAAUGAGAUUUUGUGUUUA